CAAUUCCGUACAAACGAAAGGGGAUCAAAGAAAAAAAAAACCUAAGUCGCUAUACCACCGUGAACUCGUCGCCGGCCACAAUCUCUACCUUCGUCGGCGUCAAUUUCUUGCUAAUAGCUGGGUCUUUCGACCUAGAUCUCGUUUCACGGUAUCUUUCAAGCUAGUUCUUCUUCCGCCUUAGACUCGUUCAACAUUGUUCUUCGUCAAUUUCAGGAGGACGAGCCACAGUAAAGGUUUCAAGCAGUAGAGAUAGUCAUCAAGAGAUCAACUACUGUAAAGCUUUUUGUUUAAGGUACAACAUUGGAGUAUUCAAGAUCUUUUGGUUGAAAGGGUCGUCGUGAGAUCACAAUAAUCAGGCUAAUAAACAUACUACAAGUAAGUUCUCUCUAUCUAAUUUUAGUAUAUAUGUUUUAAGCUCUUUGUUUGUGAUUGUUUUGAUUGUUUUCUGGAUACAUAUAUGUGAAAAAUUCUUUAGCUAGUUUAGUCCUUUUAAAUUUUUAUACGAUUGCUUAUUGUUUUGUUGAUAUAUAUUAAAUAUUUCUUGUUUGAUUUUACUUAAGAGUUUAGUUUGAUACGUUAACUUUAAUUGUCUAGUUUUGUCAGAUUGAGUUUAGAUUUAUGCUAUUGCUUUCAUUGUUUGUGGAUACAUAUUAAAUGUUCUCUGUUUGUUGUUACUUCUGAGUUAGAACAAGUAAUGUUGGACAAGGCAUGGGUGCAUAUUUGCAGAGCUGAUCCGGCGUAUGAGAGAGGUGCUUGGAAUUUUACACGGGCAGUGGCUGCAACAUUAGGGGACAAUAACAUGAUAAUAUGUCCAUGCAUUGAUUGUCGGAAUGUAGAACGUCAACUGGGCAGUGAUGUAGUUGAUCAUCUUGUAAGAAGAGGAAUGGACGAGUCUUACAAGAUGCGUAAGGAUUGGUAUCAUCAUGAAGUUGUGAGUUCAGGGGCUGAGGAUGAAAUCCAAGCAACUAUGUGGAAUGAUGAGAUUGUUGGAUUAUAUAAAGCGGCUGAGUUUUUAGAUGAGCAGUUGGUUACACAAGCUGGUAUUUGUGAGAUUGUUGAGGGUGAGGACAGGUAUGAAGAUGAGUUCCUCGAAAAGCUAGCAGAUGCAGAAACACCGUUGUACCCAAAUUGUGUGAACCACAGCAAGCUAUCUGCUAUCGUUUCAUUGUUCCGGAUUAAGACACAAGGUGGUUGGUCUGAUAAAAGCUUUAAUAUGCUGCUGGAGACAUUGCCGGAGAUGUUACCGGAGGACAAUGUACUUCACACAUCAUUGUACGAUGUGAAGAAGUUUCUGAAGUCUUUUGAUAUGGGUUAUCAAAAGAUUCAUGCUUGUCCUAACGAUUGCUGCCUAUUCCGAAAUAAGUACAAGAAGCUUAACAACUGUCCAAAAUGUAAGGCUUCAAGAUGGAAGAUGAAGCACACUGGUGAAGUUAAGAAUGGGGUUCCACAGAAAGUGUUAAGGUACUUCCCGAUAAUUCCACGUUUGAAGAGGAUGUUCAGGUCUGAAGAAAUGGCCAAGGACUUAAGGUGGCAUUUUACCAAUAAGAGCACUGAUGGGAAAAGUCGUCACCCUGUAGAUUCUGUAACGUGGGAUCAGAUAAAUGCCAAUUACCCAUCUUUUGCAGCUGAACCAAGGAACAUACGGCUUGGUCUUUCCACAGACGGAUUUAAUCCUUUCAACAUGAAAAACACCAAGUACAGUUGUUGGCCUGUGAUGUUAGUUAACUACAAUAUGCAUCCACAUCUAUGCAUGAAGAAAGACAAUAUCAUGCUUACCUUGCUGAUUCCUGGUCCGCAUCAACCUGGUAACAGUAUAGAUGUAUACUUGGAGCCUCUGAUAGAAGAUUUAAUUCAUCUGUGGAACCAUGGAGAGACAACAUAUGACGCCUUUAGUAAAACCACUUUUACUCUCAAGGCAAUGCUCAUUUGGACUGUAAGUGAUUUCCCUGCGUAGGGUAA